UACAGCCACAGUAAUUGGAUAGAGAUGGGGAACAGAGUACCAUUGUCCAAACUGAUCAGGCCAGAUAUGCCUUUGGAUAAUUUGGCAGUGAGUCAAGGGAGGGAGGAGCAGACGUCGGCUUAAAUACUAGGGACUCACUCAUGCAGCUGAGAAGCACCUGAGCACUCCCAGGCCGGUCCUCACCUGAACAGGAAGUCUUUGUGGGCAUGGUCUCUGAGAUGACCACCCAUGCGUCUCUGCUCUGGGCAGUGCUGCUCAUCCCCCCGCUCACCGAAACCUUCAAGCCGCUUCUCUCCCCAGGGGGCGGCUCACUUACACACCGGGACAUCACCCAGAGGGCCAUCUUCCGCAAGACUGGCCAAGUGUGCCGCGCAAUGGCCACUGCCCAGGGUCAGAACUUUACCUUGGCUACUGAUGACAAGCUGACGGCAUACACCCUGCAGCGGGCGUGUUUCUCAGGGGGGUCAUCUUUCCUGUCGGCCCUGGCCUUCCAGACCGUUGUGACUAAGAUGUACCUGAGCAACGCGGCUGUGGACGUUCUCUUGGCUCUGAGCGCUCCGCACCACUUUGACGACGAGACGUUCGUGGAAGGGCAAGAGGUGGUUGCCCAGGCGUCCGCCGCAGUCAAGGCUGCCGUGAAGCACGGGAGCUUCAUCUCCGCCAGAAUCAGCCUGGGCGCUGCCUGUCACACACUGCAGGACUUCUACAGCCACAGUAAUUGGAUAGAGAUGGGGAACAGGGUACCAUUCUCCCAACUAAUCAGACCAGACAUGCCUUUGGAUAAUUUGGCAGGCCCUGACCGAGCCACCUGCAGGAACUGCACGGGAGGAAACUGUACGAAUAACAUCCUGCCUGACGUCCUGCAGGAGAAGAUACUCACGUCAGGCUACUUCAGUCUCUUCUCUUCAGCCAAGCCAGCAGGCAAGUGCAGCCAUGGUGGUUCCUUUGACCGGACCAGUGGUCAGGACCCAGUUGGUGGCAUCAACAAGGACGACACCUCGGAGAGCCACGGGCAUCUGCACCUGCAAGCUGCAGAGGUGGCCAUAAACGCCACCAUGGAGCUGCUGGAGGACAUCCGACUGGCCACCAGCGACAAAGACUUCCUGCGGUUAGUGGGUAUGUCUCAGUCGUCUUUGCUCUCCUUUGUGAUUGACACCACAGGCAGCAUGGCAGAUGACAUUGCCGAGGCAAAGCGCGUCUCAUUCUCUGUCAUCGACCUCAAACGGGGCACCCAGGAGGAGCCAUCGGAGUACAUCCUAGUCGCCUUUAAUGACCCAGGCUUUGGUCCACUCAUCAGGACAAGCGAUGCAGAUGUUUUCAAACAGGAGAUUAACAAGCUCAAUGCUGCAGGUGGAGGGGAUAUCCCUGAAAUGUGUUUAUCAGGACUUCUGCUGGCGCUAACUGCCGCUCCCCCUUCCUCGGACAUCUUUGUGUUCACUGAUGCUCCGGCCAAAGAUGCGGAGCUGAAGACCACCGUGACUGCGCUGAUCGAGAGCACCAAGUCCAAGGUCACCUUCAUGCUGACUGGCACCUCGAGCUCAGCACGUCGCCGCCGCUCUGGGAGCCCCGUCUCCAGGGCUCUCUCCGAUGCGGACGCUCAACUGUACCGGGACCUGGCGCAAGCUUCAGGGGGCCAGGCCAUAGAGGUGUCCAAGUCCUCACUGCCGAACGCCACCGUGGUCAUAGAGGACACCUCCACCUCAGCUCUGGUGACUUUGCUCCAGGCAGUCAGGACCCCAGUGAGGGCGGAGAACUUCUCCUUCCUCCUGGAUGAGACGGUGUCCAAUGUGACUGUGUACAUCACAGGGUCCUCCUCACCUGCGUUUACUCUGAACAGUCCCACAGGUGAGUCACAGAACCAUGGGGUGCCAGAGGGACCCCUGGGUACGAUUCAGAGGGUGGGAAACCUACAGCGUGUACAACUGAAUGCCCACAACCGCACAGGAUUGUGGGACAUCACCAUCAACUCCACAGCAAAAUUCACUGUCAAAGUCACAGGUCAAAGUUCCAUCAACUUCCUGUUUAAUUUUGUGGAGGCUUUUGGUGGUGCACAUGGAGAUUUUAGCCUAAAACAGAGUCGUCCAUCCAUUGGUAAGAACGCAACCCUGCUGAUGUCUGUGACUGGCAGUGAUUCGUUGAAAGUGACUGAGUUGGCUCUGGUGCCUGUGUCUGGAUCCGGGGUUGUAAAUGGAACCGUGGAGGCUAUAGGAGGUGGGGACUUCCUGGUGACGAUAGAGGAACUGCCAGCGGGGGACUUCACCGUCCAUCUGAAGGGGGAGACCAGCGGAGUCUCACGCUCCUCUCCCACCCUCUUCCAGAGGCAGUCGUCCACUCAGCUCAGGGCCUCCAGCGUGGCCGUGACGGCCUCAGUUAACAGCACUCUGGAACCUGGAGCGACCAUUACUGUGCCCUUCAUCGUGGAAACCAACACCACGGCAGGCAGCUACAUCAUCCGAGCGAGAAAUGAUCGUGGGUUCAGCUCAUCUUCCCCCAGCAGCCUGACGCUGGAGGUCGGAGGUCGUGCUGAGGGCACAGUGACCCUCACCGCUCCGUCAGACACACUCUCAGGCACCGACGUCACACUGACCAUCGAGGCCGAGGCCCCUGGGGCCAUCGACUCCAACUAUGUUGUCGUGAGCUUCGUCGUUGCCUCUAAGGUGACUGACUUCACCCGUCCUGUGUGUCAAAUAGUCGGCAUCACUGCCAACUGUCCACAGGACUGCAGCCAGGCAACGUGGCAGCUCUCCGCCAGCCUGAGCGACGGCAACGGCACGGGCAUCGCUUCUGUGACUGUCCAAGAGGGCAAUGGAACACUCAGCACCAACUCCUCUGGGGUGGGCAUCACCGCUGCACUCUACAGCGCCUCCUGCUGCUCUCAGGCGGUGGAGCUGGUCAUGGUGGAUAACGUUGGCAAUGCUGCCAUUUGCUCCGCCUCCAUUAGAAAUCCCUCCUCUCCCAUGACCGCUCAGCCAAUGACCACCACAGCCAACGCCACAGCCAACGCCACAGCAACGCCGGUAUCCACAACCUCCAGUGCGCAGAUCUGCAGUAACCUCUCCCUCUGGCUGUGGGUCAUAGUGGUGUUGCCGUUGCUUUAUCCCCAGGCUUAAGGGGAUGAUGCAUGAAGGAACUUUUUAAGCAGUGUUGGUGGGCAAUCACUUGUAUUCUAAUUAGACAAUCGCGAUAAGCUGGACAUUUGUGAUUUAAAGUUUGUCAGAUAAAAUUUGUUACAUAGUAUCAGUAGUAUCAGGAAAGUGCCUGAGCGUCGCUCAGUAACAUUGCUAAAAAGUUGCCCUGUCUAGCAUCAUAUGUGGAGACCCAGAGCCCAGGAAAACAGGACCAAUGGCUGCAGUUCUGAGUCUGGCCUGGAGGUGGCAGUUAUGCUUUUUGUGCCUGACUCUUGACAGAAGGAGAGUGAAAGAGAUGGGACGAUUAGUGAUGCCUACAGCUUGCACACUUACACACACACUGUGAUUGUUACUCCAAUUGGUGAAGGUUUAGAUAGUGUCAUAAACCUAGAGAAAAUAGUAAACCGUAAUUUCAUUUACUUAUUGCAAAAGGGUUUUGGGUUUCAAAUGGGGACAGGGGUUCCUACUGUUCAGAAAUAUCUUUAUAGUAUGUGUGCAAUUGUUGUAUUUCAACUACUGUCAGGAUUGGUGUUUGAAGAGAUUAGGACCAAGCACAAAUACAGUUCACAGCUUACUUAGUCCCAUCGCAACACACUUUGCAGGUUUAGGAUUUUUAAAAAGGAACAGAAAGUUUGUCUGAGGAUAGCUCGUACAGAAGGCUUCACAAGGUAGCAAAACUAGGCUGUUUAAUAGUUCACAAAGAUAGUAAGACCAUUUUGUCAUCCAUAAGCGGGGGUCAAAAACACAGACAAUAUUAAAUAUAGGCUUGUAAUCCAGGCGGGCGGUGGGGGGCAGCCAAGG